AUGGACAAUUUGGCUAAAAACGCCAGUAAAAAACCCAUCGUGAUAGGUAAUUAUCGUUUAGAACGAACGAUUGGCAAAGGAAAUUUCGCCGAGGUCAAAUUGGCAAUCCACAUACCGACCAAGAGUAAAGUGGCAAUUAAAAUCGUUGAUAAAACGAGACUAGAUGAAGAUAACUUAAAUAAAGUUUUACGUGAAAUUCACAUCAUCAAGAUGUUGGAUAAUCCCCAUAUUAUUCAACUAUUUGAGGUGAUGAAAAGUAGCCAGUUUUUAUAUAUUGUCACCGAAUACGCGAGUGGUGGCGAGAUAUUCGAAUAUUUGGUGUCUCGUGGUCGCUUGCCGGAAAGAGAAGCUGCUAGGAUCUUUAAGCAGACUUUAUCAGCUAUAGAAUACUGCCAUACAAAUCAUAUUGUACAUCGUGAUAUUAAGGCCGAAAAUCUGUUACUCGACGCCAAUAUGAAUAUCAAACUAGCAGAUUUUGGUUUUAGUAACUUUUACCGGCCAAAGAAUUUUUUGAAAACAUGUUGUGGAAGCCCACCUUAUGCUGCCCCAGAAUUAUUUGAAGGGAAAGAGUAUGAUGGCUAUAAAACUGAUAUUUGGAGUCUUGGCGUUUUACUAUACGUCUUGGUAAGUGGUGCACUACCGUUCGACGGAUCAAAUUUAGCCCGUUUAAGAAUGCGCGUUCUAAGCGCACACUAUCGUAUCCCAUUUUUUAUGUCGCAAGACUGUGAAUCUUUAAUUCGUAAUAUGCUGGUCAAAGAUCCCGUAAAACGAUAUACUAUAGAACAGAUAAAACGUCAUAAAUGGUUAAAAUUGGCGCCGCAAAAUUCUGAAAUUCCUAAGAUAAUAGAAAAGAGAGGAAAUAUUGCUGAAAAUAUUGUAGAAGAAGUUCUAGUAGAAUUAGAAAAAUUAAAUAUUGCUCGAGAAGAUACUAAAAGAGUAAGUUCUUUGAUAUGA